ACAAGCCCAGAACCUGUUAUUAUCGGGUGGAACGGAGACGACUCACGGAACGAAGAGACAGCCUCACGGAACUCAUCCAACACGGCAGGGAUGUGGUGUUUUGCCAUCGGGCUGACUCUGGCCCUGUCCCUGAGUGAGGUCUCGGGGCUGAAGAUCGGAGCAUUUAACAUCCAAGCUUUCGGAGACUCGAAGAUGAAAAAUCCAGCGGUGGCUCCAGUUUUAAUGAAGAUAUUGCCGCGUUAUGAUAUUGUUUUAAUUCAGGAAGUCAGAGACACGGAUCUAAGUGCGGUUAAAAUGCUGAUGCAGAAGCUCAACAGCCUGGACUCAGGAUCCGUGUUUUCCUACGUGAUCAGCGACACGCUGGGGCGAGACAGUUACACGGAACAAUACCUAUUUAUAUACAGGAAUGACAAAGUAUCCGUGCGUGACUCCUAUCACUACCAUGAUCACAACAUGUACACAGAUGAGGACACCUUCAGCCGGGAACCGUUCGUGGUCAUGUUCCACGCUCCAGACACAGCCAUUGAAAACUUUGUGCUGGUCCCAUUGCAUUCUGCGCCAAAAGAUGCCGUCCGUGAGAUAGAUGCGUUAUACGACGUCUAUGAAGAUGUCUGGAACAAAUGGGAGACAGACAACAUCAUUUUCCUGGGAGAUUUCAAUGCUGCCUGCAACUACGUCACGUCCUCCGACUGGGAGCGUAUCCGUCUCUGGACAGAUGAGGCAUUCUCCUGGCUAAUUGAGGACUCCGUGGAUACCACCGCGGGAGCCACUAACUGUGCAUAUGACAGGAUUGUCGUGAGUGGUUCGGAAAUGCAGGAGGCCAUAGUGCCGAACUCUGCCAAAGUAUUCAACUUCCAGAAGAAGUACAAACUGACACAGGAGGAAGCUUUAGCCGUCAGUGAUCAUUACCCCGUGGAGGUGGAACUGAAGUCCUAGUCAGAGGGGGACGAGUAAUUCGUCACACGCGAGAAGACAACAUAUAACCCGAAAUAGAGAUUCAGCUAAAUUAACGCAGGAGCAGCUACCUUCACAGUAUAAAGUGUAUAUAACGUUGUACGUCCAUGCAUUCUGCUACAGAAUAACACUUGUACCUAUGUAUAAUGUGCAAAUAGGACUUUUAUGAUCAUUUAUGAUCACUUUCUACUUUUCUUACCAUAUCAUGAAACUCCAUUUUAAAAAAAAAUUAAGACAGAAUCUCCAGCUGGGCUGGCUGUGACCCCAAUUCAUAAAACGAUGAACAUAAGAUUUGAGGGUACGGAGGGAUUAUAUUUCAGGUUCUGCCGUUUUAGGGCUAAAGCUUAACCCGUGCAGCACAGAAGCAUUUAUAAGAUGAGUAAAAACAGCCAGAAUACCAUAGUCUGUCUCAAUAAAUACAUUUCUAUUUCUCGUCAUGUGAAAUAGGAUUUUUACUCUGUGCUCCACCUAUGUAUAUAUCAUGUAAGAGUAUUUUUGUGUGUAUAUAUUAUAUAUAAAUAAAACCUGGCAAGUGUGCAUG